AUGGACAUUCGAUUACUACAGGCUUCCGACAUCCCUCAUGUCCAGCAGACGAACAUCACGAACCUUCCAGAAAAUUACUUCUGCAAGUACUACAUGUACCACGCACUAAGCUGGCCGCAAUUGAGCUAUGUAGCUGUCGAUGUAUCGCGACCGAAGAAGUCCCCAUACGAAGCGCCGAAAAUCGUAGGAUAUGUACUGGCAAAAAUGGAGGAAGAUCCCGCGGAUGGCAUUCAGCAUGGACACAUCACUUCCCUCAGCGUCAUGCGGACACACAGACGCUUAGGGCUUGCGGAGAAGCUCAUGCGCCAAAGCCAAAGAGCGAUGUUCGAAACCUAUGGCGCAGUCUACGUCUCCCUACACGUGCGUGUCUCGAACGUCGCAGCUAUUGCGCUGUAUCGCGAUACUCUAGGAUUCAAAGUGGGUGGUACUGAGGCCAAAUACUACGCCGAUGGCGAGGAUGCAUUUAGCAUGAGAAUGGAACUGGACUAUCUAAGGGAGGAAGCUCUGGAUGCAGAAUCUGAGGACGAGGCGCAGGAUGAGGGAGAAGAGGUUGGAAGCGCUGGCAAGGCUGGCGAAGGUGUGUCAAAAAAGAAGGAGAAGAAGAGAAAGGUCAAAGUGGGCAGGCAAGUUGGAGUCGCCGACUUGGUGGAAAGAGUUGCGCAGCCUGCCCAGACGAACGGCACAUCAUAGCAUCAGGCUUAGAUCUAAUGUUCUCCAAGAGCGGGACAUGGCGACAGCUGGAAUGUGCUCAGCGCCGAUUUGAACGCUUCUCGAUG